AUGCAAAUCUAAAAUCUCAUUAUUUCUGAAAAUCCUUUUAGGACACGCAUUGUUUGCACCCUUCCUAUGUCCUGGACUGUUUCAGAACGUUAAUCAUCGAUCUGAAGAGGUACUGAGAGAGAUGGCGAUGGCGAGGGCAAGCUCUGGUCUGCAAUACCCAGAGCGCUUCUACGCAGCGGCCUCCUACGUUGGAUUCGACGGAUCCACAUCUCCCACCAAAUCUCUCACUUCCAAGUUCUCCAACUCCACUGCCCUCCUUCUCUAUAGCUUGUAUCAGCAGGCUAGCGUAGGACCUUGUAACAUCCCAGAGCCCAGUUCAUGGAAGAUUGUAGAUCAUAGUAAAUGGGCCAGUUGGAACCAGCUUGGAAACAUGUCUUCUGCAGAAGCUAUGCGUCUUUUUGUGAAAAUAUUGGAGGAAGAAGAUCCUGGCUGGUAUUCAAGGGUAUCUAACUCUUUCGUAGAGCCUGUAAUAGAUGUGCCAAUGAAUCAUAAUUCUAAAGCGGAGCCAAUAAUGGAGAAUGGGAAGUCUUAUCCAGAAACAAAGACUAUAUCUACUGAAAAUGGAAGUCAAGUUGGAGCUGAGGACAAAGAUGUUGUUGUCGAGGGCUUUGGUUCAGUACGAGUCUAUGAUCAAUGGAUUGCCCCUCCUGUAUCUGGUCAACGACCGAAACCCCGAUAUGAGCAUGGCGCUGCAGUCAUUCAAGACAAAUUCUACAUAUAUGGCGGAAACCACAAUGGUCGUUACCUUAAUGAUCUUCAUGUUUUAGAUUUGAGAAGUUGGACUUGGUCAAAGAUUGAGGCCAAGGCUGGAGCUGAGCUUACUGAGUCGACACCCCCUCUGAAAUUAACUCCUUGUGCUGGCCAUUCAUUGAUUCCAUGGGAGAAUAAACUUCUAUCAAUUGCUGGACAUACCAAAGAUCCUUCUGAAAGUAUCCAAGUGAAAGUGUUUGAUCCGCAAACGGCAACAUGGUCAGCCCUGAAGACUUAUGGGAAAGCCCCAGUAUCAAGAGGAGGUCAAUCAGUGACCCUUGUCGGGACAAGUUUAGUGAUUUUUGGUGGACAAGAUGCUAAGAGAACUCUCUUGAAUGAUCUGCAUAUUCUUGACUUGGAAACCCUGACAUGGGAUGAAAUUGAUGCUGCUGGCGUGCCUCCUUCACCACGGUCUGAUCAUGCUGCUGCUGUACAUGCGGAGCGAUACUUACUUAUCUUUGGUGGGGGUUCACAUGCAACUUGCUACAAUGAUUUACAUGUUCUUGAUUUGCAAGCUAUGGAGUGGUCUCGGCCAGCACAACUAGGUGAUAUACCUACACCACGUUCUGGACAUGCUGGUGUGACUGUAGGGGAGAACUGGUUCAUUGUUGGUGGUGGUGACAAUAAGAGUGGAGUCUCUGAGACUGUUGUGCUGAAUAUGUCUACAUUGACAUGGUCAGUUGUAACUUCUGUCCAAGGGCGUGUUCCUGUUGCUAGUGAGGGCUUGAGUGUGGUUGUAAGCUCCUACAAUGGUGAAGAUGUACUUGUAUCUUUUGGUGGAUACAACGGCCGUUACAACAAUGAUGUCUUUGUACUUAAACCUAGCCAUAAAUCAACCCUGCAAUCAAAAACAGUUGAAACCCCUGUUCCAGACAGUGUCGCUGCCGUGCACAAUGCCACCAAUGCUACCCGUGAUGUGGAGUCUGAAGUUGAAGCUGGUUAUGAUGGGAAAAUUCGGGAAAUUGUCAUGGACAAUGCUGAUCCAAGGACAACAAAUUCCAAAGGGGAUCUUAUAUCCAGCCUGAAGGCAGAGAAAGAAGAAUUGGAAUCAUCGCUCAGCAAGGAGAAAAUACAAACUAUUCAGCUAAAGGAAGAAUUAGCAGAAUCUGAGGCUCGUAACUCUGAACUUUACAAGGAGCUCCAAUCAGUGCGUAGUCAGCUUGCUGUUGAGCAGUCAAGGUGUUUCAAGCUUGAGGUGGAGGUUGCUGAAUUAGGACAGAAGCUUCAAACUAUUGGAACAUUACAGAAGGAACUUGAACUCCUCCAGCGACAGAAAGCGGCAUCUGAGCAGGCCGCCUUAAGUGCAAAACAGAGGCAGAGUUCAGGUGGUGUAUGGGGUUGGCUUGCCGGUAGCCCCCCAAGCCAGAAAGCAGAUGAUGGAUCAAAUUUUAACCACUCGCCCUAACUGAACAGCGAUUCUACGUUCGGUUUCGUGGAGUUACUUGUCUUCGCAAUACUAUUUUUUUUCUCCUUUUGGAAUUGAGUUCUUUUUUUACUGACGGAAAUAAGUUUCAGCUUUCGUUUUGGCCAAAAGGAAACCCCAUCGGGGCAAUUCGCGGUGAUACAUGUACUGUAACUUAGUCGUCUAGCUUCAUAUUGCUGCUAGUCCAGUAUUAGUGCACAUCUUAUUUUUCCACCAUUUUUGCCGAUGAUUGUAUUCAAUGUUAAUCCAUUAUUGAAUGAAAGUAAAGAUAUUCUUUUUGUUUUUGCAA